GUUUUGACUGGAUCCCCGGAUGAAUUAUAUGUUAUUGUCGACGACUCUAAUAUUUAUAUCGAGGGAAAGUUCGCUGUCGCCGAAAUGGAGUGCAUCGGCGUUGUUGAUGACAAAAGAAAAUGUUUAUACUUUAAUCAGCUUCGGUUGGAUUAUGGACGGCUUCUCAAAAUAAUUCAAAAGGAACGUACCAUAGGUGAAAAUCCAAUUGUUGUGGGUUCUAUUCCCCCAACUGAUUCACUGUGGGAAAUGAUUCGAAAUGAUGGCUUUACAGUAAAGACGUACCCUCGAAAUGCCGAUAACCGUGAGAAAAGGGUGGAUAUGAGAAUUGGACAAUAUAUAAACGGAAUCUUCCGCGAUAAGGUGCCUGGCGUGUUGGCGCUGGUCGCUGGUGAUGGUGACUUCCAACCCGUAAUACAGGAUGCCGUUCAGUUAGGGUGGAUGGUCGAGAUAUACUUUUGGAACUCUGCCAACUCACUUGAGCUAUUGUGCGACGAAAAUACCCCCCCAUUAGGAGUCUCAGGUUUAUUGCUUGACCUUGAGCUGGAAUCUAAAAAACCCAAAACGAAGGAGCCGGUUUUCCAUUCUCUCGAUCCUUUUUAUAAAACCUUCUCAUAUGGGUACGGAUUUCCGCGUAAUACGAAAAUCCACAAGCAUGGAAAGCCAAAAAACAUGGAGGUCCUUCAUUUCACCGGCCAUGACUUUUCCCUUUGGAAAAAUGACAAGAUAGUGAUUUUUGAUAAAGGUAUGUUCGUUUGGUGGUUCAAAGAAGAAGAUAAUUUGUGGAUGUAUUUUAAAAAUCGGCGGGAUUUGGGAAAAGCAAAGGAUUUGAUGCUCAAGACCUAUCCGGAGAUUAUGGAAGUA